GCGUGCUGCACUCGCUGGCCACUGACCGCGUGAAGCGCGGCACGGCCCCCACGGAGGGCUUCAACGCCGUCUGCGUCCACGCCGGAGAGACCCAGAUGGAGUUCCUGGAGAUCGGGGGUAGCGAGUCUCUGCGUUCCUACUGGAGGAUGUACUUGCCCAAAGUGCUGCUGCUCGUCUACGUCGUGGAUUCAGCUGAUCAUGCCCGACUGCCUGUGGCAAAACAGCUGCUUCAUCAACUGAUCCAGAAUGACUCCACCCUGCCGGUGGUGAUUCUGGCCAACAAGCAGGACCUUGAAGGUGCAUACUGCAUCACAGAUAUCCAUGAUGCUCUGGCGCUGUCUGAUAUUGGGGACAAGAGGAAGAUGUUCUUGAUUGGUACCCAUGUGGCAGAGGAUGGCUCUGAGAUCUCCUCCAGCAUGAAGGAUGCAAAGGAGCUGAUAACACAGCUGGUUUUGGAAACGCAUCCUGGGAACUGCCAGAAGCCUGCGGUCAGGAGCAGUUACCAGAGAGGAGUGGAGCACGUCAUGUGCGAGCACAUCGCUGUGCAGCUUCACUGGGAAAGUAUCAGGGAUACCAACCGGCGGAAAAACGAUCACAAAGCACAAGCACUUCCCAGCCUCUGGGGUUUCAGACCUGAGACACUGGAUCAGCAGGACCGGACAGUGACUUCUGAUCUGGAUCUGAAUAUUCAGUAUAAACGUCUUCAGUGCUGCAUAAUGCAUGCUCCAGGGACACAGGCCAGUUUUUGCCGGCUCCAAGAACUUGCAAGACCCAAGAAAGUGUUUUGUGCAAAUGAUCCCAGGCUAAUGUGGGGAAACCAACAGACCAUCUGGACCCUCUCACGGGGCGCCAUGACUGCUCGGCCGUCCCCAAGAACAGUGGCCCUGGCCAAGCCCAAGCGCAAUUUUGAUGGCAAGCCCCAGCGCAGGUCAGUGAUCUGGGAGCGUCCCCCGCUAGUGGAUUUUGGCUUGCCUUCUGAUCGGCUACUGAAGUUAUCUGAGCCUAAAAAACACCAGGCAGCUUACCUGCAGCAAAGACCCCGCCAGUCCCCUGAGUGGCCUGUGUCACCAGGUGCACUGAGCUGUGAAGCUUCCCCUCGCGUCCUGCAACUUGCCCAGCCCAAGGCGCUGCACCCUGCGUUCCUGCCAGCCAGAGAGGUGGAGACGCAGGUUACAAGCGCUGCAGCCUUGGCCAGACCGUCCUCGCGGUUACAGCAUCUCGCAGAGCCCCGGCUCAAGAAGGAGACCUGCUACUAUGACCUGGGAUCCCCUGAAUGUGCCAUCUGGCCGGUGUCCAAGGCAGCUCAGCAGGCAAUCGCAAGUCCUCGGACCCUAGAGUUGGCCAAGGCAAAAAGGUUGCUUCCCGACUAUAAGCCCCUGAGGGAUGCUGAGUGGCCAGUGACAAAGGCAGCGACGCUUGCAGUGGCUACACCAAGGCUCGUGGAACUGGCCCAACCUCGCAAAAGGCCUCCUAUGGACUUGGCUCAGUUCAACCCCGAGGCGUUCACGGUGAAGGAGGCUGCUAAGAAGGCGACUUGCUCCGCUCGGCUCCAAGAACUGGCGCAGCCCGUUAAGCACUGAGCUCCUGCAGAAAUGCGUCCUGCUGCUUGUGCUGGCUGCCCCCGUUGCCCCUCCAGGCUGGGCUGUGGCUGU